UUCGCCCCAACUACAUGGAUUCCGUCGGACCUCCCAUCGCCCUCUCCGAGCUUUGAGGAUGCCGUAGCUCCGUCGUCCCAACAGAGCUUCGCCCGGACCACCUCUCGCCAGACUGCUCCGUCAAGCUCGCCUGGGCCCUUUCGAAGGCGCUUCUCGUCGGACCCAAUCUCCACCUGCUGCUGCCACUUAUUCUCCUUCUAGCUAGUAAAGCUGCUACCUUUACUCCUCUUCUACAUCUAACUACUAAUACUUGUUAUCUUCCAGGUUGUUACAGCUUCAACUUCGCCUUCGGGUUCGAUUCGACUCUUUUACCCUUUGCGACAACCCUCGAUCGUUCGAAACCCUUCCUCCUCUCUUCCGAUCGCCGCCGCCGAACCCUCGCCUCCGCCGCCGUCGCCGGAGAAGCGUCCGAAUUUCGAAGAUUUCAAAGACGUAGAAGAGGAAGGGAGGAGGGAGAAGAUCUCUAUAGUUGGGGAUUUGCAUGAAUCAGUUUAUCCGAAGAGGUAUGUUGCCGAUGCAAGGAGGAGUCCUCUCUCACCGUCUCUUCGCAUCGCUGCCACCUCUGACUCCAUCGCCACUUCCGUCUAGAAGAGAGGCACAUCUUUGGUAUGUAGUACCAGAUGAGUUGAAGGAUGCUUCCCAACUGAAGAAGUAUAUGGAACUCUUAUCUUCUUGUGAGCGAGAAAGGGUUUUAUCAAUGAACGGAGAACGCCUUCAAAAAGAUUGUAGAGUCAAUCCACAAUCAAUCAAGUUCAAAACAAGCAAAUUUGGGAAGCCUGAGAUAAUGUGGCAACAUGGUGAUCAAUGUAACCAGCCUUCCUUGCAAUUCAAUGUUUCGCACUCCUCUUCCUUGAUUGCCUGUGGCAUUACUGUAGAUGUUCCGAUUGGCAUUGAUGUUGAAGAAAAGCAACGAAAGACAAUGAGUAGCAUCUCAUCUCUUGCUCGCCGCUAUUUCUCACCUUCUGAAGUUGAAUAUUUGGGGUCUUUUUCAAAUACUGAUGCCCGGCAAAAAGAAUUUAUAAAACUCUGGACACUUAAGGAGGCAUAUGUAAAAGCUCUCGGAAGAGGCUUUUCUGGUGCUCCAUUUAAGGAUUUUACCAUUCGGCUGGAAGCAACCAAAGCAAUGCAAUUAGCUGCGGUGCCCAGAGUGCAUAUAGAAGCUGAUUCUGAUCCUGAAUACCUAACUGAUAAUUGGGAGUUUGCACUCUUCGAACUUAGUAGUUCUCAUUACGCUGCCGUUUGCAUGGAAAGGGACAUAUCUCAUUCUGGCAGGGAGAAUGAGCCGCUGAGAUUGAAAGUAUGGAAGACGAUUCCAUUCGUAGAAGACGAAUUUGUUUCUGGGACCAAUGCAGUAAAAUAUAUUUGUGGACUAUCUUGAGUCAUUCGCUGCACUAUUUGAUGCUUUUAUCCACAAAUUUAAUUAUCACUGCAUUGGACUUAAUUUUUGUUCUAACGACCGCAGCUCUGCGAACACUGACAGAGCUUCGAACCAAGAUAGAGCUUCUGAAUCUUACUCGCUCGGCAAAAGGGAGAUUGCUGUAAGUCGAGCUCCUCGGUGUUUUCAUGCAUCUUCUUUUAGAAUAACUAAUUUUUCGUUCUUUUUAGCUUGCUCCUGCAACAUGUCUAGGCUGAUUCAGUUAAGUUGGGCUCCAUUUUGAGUUGUCUUUCUCCAGAUUUUUCGAACUUACUUCCUUUUUUUGGAUAGGAAGAAUGUAGUUAGCAUUAGCCAUACAACAUCCCUUGAUUAAUAUAAUUUUUAAUUUUUUUUUGGAAA